UUGAUGAAAAUCGCGCACAAAAGUGAAAUCAGUUGACAAUCAAACAUCACCAACAACGGUUGGUGAUUUACUCUUACUUCGGAUAGUUUUGUGAACUGUAAGAAAAGAAAAAGAAGAAGAAGAAAACAUAACAAGGAAUCAUCAUUCUCGUCGAAGUGCAAGUGAACGAAUAAAUAGUGAAAAAAGGAAAUAUCAAUUAAAAUAGUGUCCUUGAUAUUCAAGUGUCAUCAUAAGUUAUACAAACGCGCACACAUUACACAAUGUUUCGAAAGUGUUUAACGACAUUGGUGCAAAGCACAGUUAGCACCGGAACUUUAACACCCAAAGCCAGAGAGUUUCUCCGGCGUUCUGUGCACAAUGGAACUAUGGGACGUCCACCAAAAAUUCUCAUAACUGGUGGUUUGGGUCAAUUGGGCAUUGAAUGCGCUAAGUUGUUGCGUUCCCAGUAUGGCAGUGAAAAUGUCAUUCUCUCGGACAUUAUCAAGCCCAACGAUGCCAUUUCUGAAAGUGGGCCAUAUAUCUUUGCGGAUAUUUUAGAUUUCAAGGGAUUGCAGAAAAUUGUUGUCGAUCACAGAGUUGAUUGGUUGAUACACUUUUCGGCAUUGCUGUCAGCUGUGGGAGAACAAAAUGUGCCAUUGGCUGUAAGAGUCAACAUUGAGGGUGUCCACAAUGUUAUCGAAUUGGCUAAACAAUAUAAUUUGCGCAUAUUUGUACCAAGCACCAUUGGCGCCUUUGGCCCCGACAGUCCUCGCAAUCCAACACCAAAUGUUACAAUUCAAAGACCCCACACUAUUUAUGGUGUCUCAAAAGUUCACGCUGAACUGAUUGGAGAGUAUUAUUAUCAUAAGUUUGGUUUAGAUUUUAGAUGUUUACGUUUCCCCGGUGUUAUUUCCAGUGAUCCACCAGGCGGUGGCACCACCGACUAUGCCGUAGCCAUUUUCCAUGAGGCUUUAAGAACUGGAAAAUAUAAUUGCUACUUGAGACCUGAUACACGCUUGCCCAUGAUGUAUAUUGAGGAUUGUUUAAGAUCCCUGCACGAAUUCAUGUGUGCCCCUUCGGAACAAUUGAAACGUCGUGUUUACAAUGUCACUGCCAUGUCAUUUACCCCCGAAGAAUUGGUGGAAAAGCUUAGCAAAUAUGUACCCAAUUUGCAUGUGACCUAUCAACCCGAUAGCCGGCAACAAAUUGCCGACUCAUGGCCUCAGGUCUUUGACGAUAGUGAGGCACGUCGCGACUGGAAUUGGCAACACAAAUACGAUUUGGAUAAUUUGGUUGACUUUAUGGUCAAGGAUGUCCAGGAGAAUUAUAUCAAUGUUGAAAAUGGUGGUGGUCAACAGCAAAGAGCAUCGGCUACCAUGUAGACUUCUUUUCUCCGAAUUUUAAUUCAAUUUUGCUGCUAAUUGCAUUAAUUAAAAACUAAGUAUUGUUGGUUUUUUCCGCUUAGAAUAUUAGAAUAUUUUAAGUUUAGGACCAUAAUAAAAAAAACACUACCAUUAUGCAUUUCAAAAAAAUAUUACCACAAAGACCAAAUUAAGAAAAAUCUCAAAACGAGUAAAAAUAUGCAUUUAAGUGUUAUAUACAUAUUUACUGUUAUUUUAUUUUACAAUCAUAAAAAGAAAAACAAUUAUUAUUUAUUUUAUUUUUUUGAAAACACAAACUAUUUUAUUCAAA